AUGAAUCAAAAGACACAUAUUGAAACAGUUGUGGUCAAACAGUCAGAAGAAGCUCGGAUAGCUUAUCGCACUUGCUUGAAUGCGUCAAUUGAUUGCACUAAGUUUUUGUUGCGACAAGGUCUUUCAUUUCGUGGUCAUGAUGAAAGUGACACUUCAAACAAUAGAGGUAACCAUUUGGAGCUCAUGCAAUUCCUUGCGGAUCAUGAUGAGAAAAUAAAGGCCCUUGUGUUAGAUAAAGCUCUGGGAAAUCUCAAGCUAAUAGCUCAUUCAAUUCAAAAAGAUCUUGUUCAUUCAUGUUCCGUUAAAACCAUUAAAACUAUCAUAAGUGAUAUGAAGAAUGCUAGGUUCUUUUCUCUAUUGGUUUAUGAGGCACGUGAUGUUUCUAUAAAGGAGCAAAUGACGGUGGUUUUGCGUUAUGUGGACAAAAAUGGGAAAGUCAUUGAAAGGUUUGUAGGAGUUCAACAUGUUCUUGACACCACUUCAAACACAUUAAAGGAGUCUAUUGAUGCCUUCAUUCAUUUCAAUGAGUUGUGCUUCUCCAAUUUACGAGGGCAAGGUUACGAUGGUGCUAGUAAUAUGAAAUGUGAGUUCAAUGGACUCAAGACAAAGAUUUUGAAUGAUCAACCUUGUGCAUUCUAUGUUCAUUGCUUUGCUCAUCAACUCCAAUUAGCUCUUGUUGCCGUAGCAAAGGAUAAUGUUGAUGUUAACACAUUCUUCCUAUUGGCUAAUAAUGUGGUAAAUAAUAUUGGAGCUUCAUGUAAGUGUCGUGAUGCACUUAGAGAGAUGCAACAAAAAGAACUUAUGAAAGCUCUUGAAAAUGAUUCUCUUAUGACGGGACGAGGCUUAAAUCAAGAAACUAGUCUCAAAUGUGCCGGAGCUACAAGAUGGAAUUCACAUUAUGGUACUUUGAUUAGUUUGAUUACUAUGUUCUCAUCCAUGGUCAAUGUGCUUGAAAUGAUUGUUGAUGAUAAUACCAAUGAUAGUGUGGCCGAAGCAAAUAAGUUAUUGAAAGACAUACAAUCUUUUGAGUUUGUGUUUUUCCUAUUUUUGAUGAAAUCUAUAUUGGGAAUCACAAAUGAUUUAUCACAAGCAUUACAAAAGGAUGAUCAAGAGAUUGGGAAUGCAAUGGCUUUAGUCAACACAUGUAAAGAACAACUAUUCUACAUGAGUAAUGAUGAGGGGUUUGGCCUUUUGGUUGACAAAGUAUUGCCAUUUUGUGUCCAACAUCAUAUUGAGGUUAUUAACAUGGAUGAGACAUAUGUAGCUCAUGGGAGAUCGCACCGUAAUACCCACAAAAAGACCAACCGUCGUUGUUACAAAGUGGAGCUCUUUUUUGUUGUCAUUGAUUCCCAGCUUAUUGUGUUAAAUGAUCGCUUCAAUGAAACAAGUACCGAAUUGCUCAUUUGUUUGGCUAGUUUGAGUCCAAAUGAUUCUUUUGCAGUUUUUGACAAAGAAAAGCUACUUUGCCUUACUUAA